AGAAGUUCCUCUCAUGGAUCACUCGACGAUGUUCACAUUGUCUAAUUGGCUACGUUCCAAGAAGAAGAUGUUUCAGAGUCGAAUGGUGACUGGCAUACUGAUAAUGGUGAAUUUUGGCAAUUCAAUCAUUCUUUCGUUGGAGGCAUUCGGACCUGAUUCAGUGCUUUCAUUUGCGAUUUUUGUGCUGAAUACAGUCAUCGUAGCACUGGCCAUGUAUGGAAUUUUUGCAUUCAAGCCGGUGUUUCUCACUCCAAAUGUGAUUUUGAAGGUCUCACUCUCAUCAGCCGCACUCUUUCACGGACUGCAAGAAGCCGAAUCAAACGACUCAGCUUCCGUAUUUCAUUUCGCUUGGUUGCUCAUCUCUGUCUGUCUAUUUAUUUGGGAAAUUCACGCCAUGUUCAGUGCCACAUUUGGUGUAAUGAAAGAGAUGAAGCUUCGAGCCUAUAGUAAACCACCGCCAAGUUAUAGUCAGGUGAUAGCUGAUGAAGCACCACCUCCAACCUAUGCUCAAGCCAUAGAACGACUGAACUCUCCUGUUGUCCUGAACGUGACAACCCUAGAAGCUCAAUCGCGUUCGACUCAGCUCCCGGUGACAACCGCUCAUGACCCAACCCAAGUGGUCUAACUGACCCUGUAGGAAUUUUUUGUCCCAUUCUUCAACACCAAACGGGUUUUCUUCUUCUAUGACACGAUCAGCAUACACAUCCACCAAUCCACACAUAUAUAUCGACACCUAGCCUUUGAUUCAACUGGCUUGACGGCUGGAAGGCGGGGCUUUGCGACCUUAUUAAGGCCGCUCGUGCCCGCGACGCAAUCUGCGUCUCUCUCGCGCACGUACCCUCUGAUCAUCUUAUAACCUUAAUUAGGUCACGAAGCCCCGCCUCCCAGUCCCCAAUCCAGUUGAAUCAAAGGUUACACAUGCUUAAAUAUGCACUCAUUCUGUAUAAACAACAUGACGGUUUACUUGCUCAUCCGAUCAGUCUUUGUCAUGGAUUUGUACGAGUUUCACGCUUGAUCUCCGCCUCAUAGACAUCUCGUCCUGAUUUUUGGUCGAGUUAAUUUUGCUUUUUUAGAAGUUUAUCUUUCUAUGACCAGUGGCAUCGUUACGGUUUAUUCUAUUUGCUUUGUAAAUGUCUGUACAUAAAUGCUUCCGUAGGCUGUGCGUAAUUUUAUUGAUUAUUUUGCUUGUAAAGAUUAUUUCAAUAAAAUCUUCUCUAAUUGAU